CCUACUACGGUAAUUGCUUCCCUCUACUAUGGUAACUUGCUGACCUGCCGUAAAUAGUUGCCAUGAGAACGUAAUACACCGAGCAUUUGUUACAAAUUCUGUCUUCGACCGUUCCUUUGUGGUUCCAUUGCUAUUCUGACUUUCGUUCAACAACAUGUGAUAAUUUUUAAAGAUGUAUUUUCCCAACUAAAGUUAUGUAAACUUAGUAUGAUUCAAUGUAUAGUUGUUCGUGUUAAAUCAAUUGUUGAUAAUUAAUUAGGCUAUAUUUCCAAAAAAGUUCUAUCUCAAAAUGUUCCUUUCGUCAAUACCAUCGUUGCCGUCAAUCCUCAGUAGUUUCACCGGAGAUUCCACAAUCAUACGGAGGACACGAUGCUCGCAACCUUCCACGUCUAGUUUUCAGCAUAUGGCCCGGAUGAUGGACACGCUGAUACUGGAUAAUUUAGCGCCGUUUGCGUUCACCAAAAUUACCACCACCCAUCGGCCGUCAAGGAUAUCUGCCUCGAAUGGCGGCCCGGGUGGUGCCUCGAUGGGCGUCGAAAGUGGACCGCGAAUGAGUGGCACCGGAGCAGGAGGAGGAGGAGGAGUUCCCAUAAUUGGGGGAGGUGUUAAGAAAGCAACCAGCACUUCUAACGUGGCCGCAAGCUGUGGCCCCGGGGGAAUCGGCGGUGGAGGCUCGAUACGUGUCAACCUGCAUAAGAACAAAAUUCCCACACAAGGUCAGCAUACUGAUUAUGCUACUUCUACCACACCGGGCUUACAGGAAGUUCACCCAAAUCCCCGACAUGCCGCCAUGGCUUCCAAUGCCGCCUCGCCUCCAACGGCGACGGAUUCCCGCUGGAUUUCCUCGCUCCGGCGCCGGGACCCGGAACUACAACCAACACUGCCUUCAAUCAAUAACUCCAAUCACCACAGUACCUCAUCGCUUACGCACCAGCACAGUGUCGGUUAUACUAGCUCAACCAAUACGCCUACGGAACGGCGAAGCAGUCGAAAUAGCGGCCAGAAAUCCUCUCUGCGCAAAAGUCGAUCGGUAGAACGAAUCCGGGCGCGAAAACUGGCCACCUCAAAGAUUAAGGAACGACCGAAGAAGUCUUCCUCUGAAGAAGGCGGAGGAUCAGACGACCAAGAAGCCACGUCAGUAGAGGAGAACUCCCUCAGCAGCAGCACUCACCGGUGAAGAGAAUACAAGUCCAAGAUCUUCUCACCCAUCGGAUAUGAAACCCAUCUGGUGGACACUUUAGAGAAGGAUAUGCUGCAAAAGAACCCUAACGUACAGUGGAACGACGUAGCCGGUUUAAACGAAGCGAAGGCAAUCCUUCAGGAGGCAGUAGUGCUGCCGGUUAUUCUACCGGAUUUCUUCCGCGGAAUCCGACGACCAUGGAAGGGAGUCCUUAUGGUAGGCCCACCCGGUACGGGGAAAACCAUGCUAGCGAAGGCCGUAGCAACGGAAUGUGGCACAACGUUUUUCAACGUGUCGUCGAGCACCUUAACGUCGAAGUAUCGUGGCGAAAGCGAAAAGCUUGUCCGUUUGUUGUUUGAAAUGGCGCGAUUCUACGCGCCCAGUACGAUUUUCAUCGAUGAAAUCGACUCGCUGUGUGCCUGCCGGGGAAGCGACUCGGAACACGAGGCCAGCCGGCGCUUUAAGGCGGAAUUGCUCAUACAGAUGGACGGACUGAAUGCUACCAACGAUGAAAAAAUCAUCAUGGUACUGGCGGCCACCAACCAUCCGUGGGAUAUCGAUGAAGCCUUCAGAAGGCGAUUCGAGAAGCGUGUCUACAUCGGUCUUCCCAACGACAACACUAGAAAGGCCCUUUUGGAGCUUUGCCUGAAGGGCGUCAAUAUGUCAUCGGAUUUGGAAACCGAAACCAUAGCGGAUCAGCUCCGAGGCUAUACCGGGUCGGACAUCGCCAAUGUUUGUCGCGAUGCCGCGAUGAUGGCAAUGAGAAGACACAUCAAUGGCCUUACCCCAUCGGAAAUAAAGAUGAUCCGAAGAGAGGAGGUGGACUUGCCAGUUACGGCACAGGACUUCCAGGAUGCGAUGGCUAAAACCCGCAAGUCAGUGUCGGCCAACGAUGUGGCGCGUUAUGAGACAUGGAUGGAUGAGUACGGGUCAUGCUAGUGUUACAUUUAAGCUCAAAGAGAACUUUGUUGUGGUAUUAUGAACGCAACAAAACUUCUCUCCAAAUCAUUCCGAAGCAAAUGCAUUUAAUGAUAACGCCCAAUUUACGAGAUAUUUCUUACCACUGUAUUUCCAUGCAUCUGUUGUGUUCAUUUCGACCCUAAUUAAUUUAGUCCAAUUAUCACAGUAAUACGUAAAUUCGUUACCAUUUACGGAUGUUUGCCGUAAAAGGAUGAAAGUUGAAUAAGUUAUUUUAUGAUUCGAAUAUCUAUGUAGUAACAACAUACACACACCUACUGUUAAGAUAAUAAUGUCGUUUUCUGCAGUGGAAUAGAUAACUGAAUUCAU